AUGUCGCAACAACAGCCCACCGAGAAUCAGUCCCAGCAGAGUAGACCAGCCAUAUCCUUCAGAGAAGACAUAUUCACGAAUAGCCAGACUACCAAGUCUCCCGAGAACGCAUCAACCCGCCCAACCUUGUUGAGCAUCCCACCUCGACAAGCCAUGCCGCGCAGACCUUCUAUAGUCAGCGGCUCUGACACCAAGACUGUCACUAUUUCAAAAGCGACUGCAGACUCGAUCAAGUUUCAUCCCGAGCUUACAGAGGACCCCCAGAAUUGGGAGUCUACCGCCGAGGGAUAUGUCUAUACGGGGACGAGAGAUAUUGAUCCGAAUAGGCCGUGGCACCAGCCUAAUGAAUAG